AUGUCUGCAUUUCAUCUUCUAUCUAUUGCCUUAUAUUUUGUGAGCUCAUUAUGUGUUAACGGGUAUAAAAACAGAAAUGUAAAAAAAGGAAAUGAUGAAAUAUUGGAUAACAGCUCUGCAGUUCCAUUUUUGAAUGGUAGUGAUGAGCAGGCAUUUGAACAACCAUGCGCAAGCACGUCAGCUCAAUCGGCAGGGGAUGUUCCUGAAUCUAAAGUAGAAGAGGUGGAUGAAAUAAAGGAGAAGUCAGGUCAAUCACCGAUUAAUCAAAGUGAUACAAAUCUAAUAUGUGUGACUGAUACGGAAGACAAAUUAGAUGAUGCUAAUCCAUCCGUUAACAGUGGCUCUGGCACACAAUACGGAGUGCAAGAACAAAAUUUACAGUAUAGGAUGUAUAACCAUGGUAACACAAUGCCACCAUCACCAUAUAAUAACAGUUCACAAGAUGACGUAAAUGUUGAAGUGUAUGAAAUGGUGCGAAAGCUAAAUUUACCGUGUAGGAUGUAUAACCAUGGUAACACAAUGCCAUCAUUACCAUAUAAUAACAGUUCACGAGAUGACGUAAAUAUUGAAGCGCAUGAAAUAUGUAUUGACAGCCAAGUAUCGCAAAUGGAAUCAUCAGCCUGUUGACAAGAAACAGAUUUAGAUAUUA